AUGGAAGUAGAAAACCAGCUGAACACAUGGGAGGGGUAUGUGGAUUGGAGGAACAAACCAGCACUGAGAGGCCGCCAUGGUGGCAUGUUGGCUGCAUCUUUUGUCUUGGUUGUGGAGAUAUUGGAGAACUUGGCAUUUCUAGCAAAUGCAAGCAACUUGGUGUUGUACCUGUCGGAGUACAUGCACUUCUCACUAUCAAAAUCUGCCAAUUCUGUGACUAAUUUUAUGGGCACUGCCUUCCUCCUUGCCCUCCUUGGUGGCUUCUUAUCAGAUGCUUUCUUCACCACGUAUCUCAUCUACCUGAUAAGUGCUGUUAUUGAAUUCCUGGGUUUGGUCAUACUCACAGUGCAAGCUCGCUCGUCCUCUCUGAAGCCACCAAAAUGUGACCCUGCUACCCCUAACAUUCCAUGCCAAGAAGUACAUGGUGGAAAAGCUGCAAUGUUGUUCUUAGGCCUCUAUCUUGUGGCUCUAGGCAUUGGAGGGAUAAAGGGAUCGCUGCCAGCACACGGGGCUGAACAAUUUGAUGAGAGCAGUCCAAAGGGAAGGAAACAAAGAUCAACUUUUUUCAACUAUUUUGUGUUUUGCCUCUCGUGUGGCGGUCUUAUAGCUGUGACCUUAGUCGUGUGGAUUGAAGACAACAAGGGGUGGCAGUGGGGGUUCUUGGUUUCCACAUUGGCAAUAGUGUUAUCCAUCCCAAUCUUCCUCGCUGGUUCACCUUUUUACAGGAAUAAAAUAGCUUCUGGAAGUCCACUUACAACCAUAUCUAAGGUGCUUAUUGCUGCCGCCAUAAAUACUUGUAGACCAAGAAGUUCAAGCAAUGCCAUUGCAAGUAUGACCACAAGCCCUUCUCCUCCAACCCCAAUCUCCAAGGAAGAAGAAUCAUCAAAUGCCAAAGCUAUGGAGUCCAUUGAAAAGCCCACAGAAAGUCUCAAGUUCCUCAACAGAGCAGUGGUGGACAAGCCACCCCAUGGAGCACUACAAUGUUCAGUACAGCAAGUAGAAGAAGUCAAGAUAGUUAUAAAAAUCCUUCCCAUUUUUGCUUGCACAAUCAUGCUCAACUGCUGUUUAGCUCAACUGUCCACAUUUUCAGUCCAACAAGCUGCAACCAUGGACACAAAGCUUGGUUCCUUAAAAGUUCCGCCAGCUUCUCUUCCCAUUUUCCCUAUACUGUUCAUCAUGAUCCUAGCACCGGUCUACGACCAUUUAAUCAUCCCCUUUGCUCGCAGAGUGACCAAAUCCGAGAUGGGCAUCAGUCAUCUACAACGCAUUGGGAUCGGUCUAGUCCUCUCCAUUGUUGCCAUGGCAAUAGCAGCUCUCGUUGAAAUUAAACGCAAGAGAGUAGCUUCUGACUCGGGGCUACUUGACUCUCUCAAUCCAUUGCCCAUUACAUUUUUCUGGAUAGCUUUUCAGUAUUUGUUUCUCGGGUCAGCUGAUCUUUUUACCUUGGCCGGAUUGUUGGAAUUUUUCUUCACUGAGGCACCCAUUAGCAUGAGAUCUUUGGCUACUGCUCUCUCCUGGGCCUCCUUGGCCAUUGGGUAUUAUCUCAGCUCAGUUAUUGUAUCGAUAGUGAACAGUGUCACAGGCAACUCCAAGCACAGACCAUGGCUCUCUGGCAACAAUUUAAACCACUAUCACCUCGAGCGAUUCUAUUGGCUAAUGUGUGUGCUCAGUGGAUUGAAUUUCCUUCACUAUCUCUUCUGGGCUACCCGAUACAAAUAUAGAUCAACAAGGUUCAACAAUUAACCAACACAAUUGAAACCUAUAUAUGUGAAUUGGAUUGCCAGUUGAUACCAUCUUGAGUGGAUAUUUCAGGCAGCUCUUUCAGAUGUAUAUAUGUCCGAUGAUUUGCUGCAUCAUUGGUCAUUAACUUGCUUCAAGAAGAGGAGAUGGCAGAUGUUUGGACGAUCAAAUCACUCCCUCUUCACAUUUCGGGUCAACUGUUUCUUUUGUAAACAUCAGUGUUCUUCAACCCUAUCGGUAUCAAUUGGAUUUUUGUUGUUGGAUAUUCAAGCUAGUCAACAUGUUUGUGUAUGUUAAACAACUUUUUGUUGUUUGUAUAUGACCUUAGUUUUCAUCAAAAGCAACAAUGCAAAAG